AUGGUGGCCAAGAAACCAAGAAUUGUGAUUAUUGGAGCAGGAAUGGCGGGUCUCACGGCGGCAAACAAGCUCUAUACCAUGGUUGGGUUCAAGGACUCGUUCGAGCUCACCCUCGUGGAAGGUGGUUCGAGAAUCGGUGGCCGGAUAAACACGUCGGAAUUCGGCGGCGACCAGAUUGAGAUGGGGGCCACGUGGAUCCACGGCAUUGGGGGAAGCCCAGUACACAAAAUAGCUCAGGAAAUUGGAGCACUCGAGUCGGAGAAGCCAUGGGAGUGCAUGGACGGCUCGUCGGAGGAUCCGACCCGGUUCACGACCGUAGCCGAAGGCGGGUUAGAGCUGGACGGAACGGCGGUGGUCGAACCGGUUUCGGGUCUGUUUAAGAAGCUGAUGGACUACGCUCAGGGGAAGCUGGUAGAAGAAGGUGGUGAUAGUGCGAAUGAGUCUUUGAACUACAGCCAAAUAGCGGAAAAAGCUUUGAAGACAUGUAUAGAAGGGCAAAGUGAUCUGGAUGCUGAAAUCACACUGGACUUUGAAGAUUAUGGUAGACUUGCGUUAGAUAUGGAAGAGGAUGAGGAAGAAUAUGAUGUCCAGUGGUGUCUUGUUGGGCAGUUUUUGAAUGCUGGAAUUAUUGAUGUUCAAGCCAUGAAACAUAUGAUGGCUUCUCUAUGGAAACCAGGGAAGGGGCUGUAUGUGAAAGAGUUGGAUCAAAAUCAUUUUUUGUUUCAAUUCUACCAUGAAAUUGAUAUCAAAAGAGUGAUUAACAGAAGUCCAUGGACGUUCGAAAGGAAGCAGCUUAUUUUUGAAAGGUUGAAAGUCGGAGAUAACCCACGUUCGAUCCCGUUAAAUCAGCUUGACUUAUGGAUCCAGAUCCAUGAUUUACAACACGGGUUCCCAACUGAACGUACACUGUAG